AUGGGGGACGUGCGCGAUCUUCGCAUCGCCAUCAUCGGCGCGGGGAUGGGCGGCUUGGGAACCGCACUAGCCUUUGCCAAGAAGGGCUUCAAGCACAUCGACGUGUACGAGACGGCAUCUAACCUUGGAUUUGUCGGUGCCGGCAUCCAGAUGCCCCCCAAUGUGGUUCGUGUGCUGGACCGCCUUGGCUGCUGGGAUGAGAUCUAUGCCGAAGCCACCAACGUCCAGGGAACGAGCAUCCGGCGAGGGAGUACCGAUACGGAGCUCUCACAUGUGCAGAUGCCCGACAUCGCGGCCAAGUACGGCUACCCCCACUGUACCGGCCACCGGUGGUCGCUCGCCAACGGCCUCUUCAACGGCUGUCAGAAAGAGGCCGCGAUCCGCUUCCACUUCUCGACGGCGCUCGUUAAAAUCAACUCUUGGGCCGCACCCGUCUCACUUACUCUCCAACCACGCCACGGCGAACCAUUCACGAUCGAGGCCGACCUCGUGCUAGCCGCAGACGGGGUCAAGUCGGUGACGCGCACCCAGAUGCUCGCCGAACUGGGCACGGCAUCAGAGGAAGAAGACACAGGGCAGGCAGCGUAUCGCAUCAUGCUGACGCGCGAGCAGAUGGCGCACGACCCAGAGAUGCUGGCGCUGUUAGACAGUGACACGGUGGUGCGGUGGGUGGGAGAACGCCGGCACAUCAUCGCAUACGCGGUCAGCAACCACCAGAUCUACAACCUAUCGACCGCCCAACCCGACACCAACUUUGCGGCUGCCACCAACGCGACCUACACCACGCGCGGCUCCAAGUCUGCCAUGCUGCAGGUCUACGGCGAUUUCUGCCCACUUGUCCACCGCAUGCUAGAUCUAGUACCCGACGGCGAAGUAUGCGAGUGGAAGCUUCGCGUGCACAAACCGCUACCGACGUGGGUGCUGGGCUCGGUUGCCCUACUCGGAGACGCCUGCCACCCGACCCUACCACACCUUAGUCAGGGCGCAGCUAUGGCAAUCGAGGACGGCGCGGUGCUCGCCGAGGUAGUCAGCCGGGUCCCCGACCUGUCCAGCCCGGAGUCCCUGACCAAAACCCUCAAAGUGUACGAAGCGCUGCGCAAGCCGCACUGUACGGCGCUGGUCGACCUGGCCGCGCACUCGGGCCGGAUCCUGCACCUGGGCGAGGGCGCCGCCAAGGAGGCGCGCGAUCGCGAGUUCCGGGAGAAUGGCCGGUCCGGGUCGGUGCCGGACAAGUGGGCGAGCCCGGAUGUACAGAAGAUGAUUUACGGGUUGGAUUGCAUGCGUGAGGCGGCGGAGAAGUUUGGGGGGCUGUAUAAGAGGGUGGAUGUGUAG